AUGGCUUCCGCAAACAAUGAUCUUGUAUUUAAAGAUGGUGGUAGUAGUAACAAGCCUCCUUUGUUUUCCGGUCAAUAUUUCGACUUUUGGAAAAUCCGUAUGAAGGCACAUUUAGAAGCACAAGGAAGUGACAUAUGGGAGGCAGUUCAAAAUGGUCUUUUUGUUCCUACAACGGUUGUUAACGGCGUCGGUUCAUCAAAGCAUAAAACUUCAUGGGAUGAUGAUGAUAAGAAAAGGGUUCUCUUUGAUAAAAAGGCGAUUAAUAUUUUACAAAGUGCACUUGGAAUGGAUGAAUUCUUCCGCGUCUCAACAUGUACAACGAUAAAGGAAAUAUGGGAUACUCUUGUAGAAACUCACGAAGGAACGACCGAAGUCAAAAGAUCUAGAUUGAACACGUCUUUAACAAGAGAAUGGCAAUCCAAAGUGACGGCGAUUUCCGAAAAGAAAAGUUUAUCAACAAUGAUAUCCGCUACUUUAUUCGGAAAGCUUCAAGAAUAUGAGACGGAACUUGGACUAUUGGAGAAACAUGAGGUCCAAGAGAAGAAAUCCAAGAGCAUUGCCUUAAAAGUUGAUUCCAAAGUUGUGAAGAAAGAAGACAAUCCCGAAGAGGACGAAAACUUUAUGCGUCUUGUAAAAAGACUAGGAAAAUAUUUUGGUGCAGAAAAUAAUAUUGGAAACUCUAGUUACACAAGAAGAAAGAAGUUCUCAAAGAACAAAGAAAGAGAAGCAUCAACAUCCAAUGAAGACAUUACAUGCUAUGAAUGUGGAAAACAAGGCCACAUCAAACUGGAAUGUCCCAAACUCGCAAAGAAUCAUGACAACAAAGGAAAGAAGGAUUACAAUAGGAAGGCUUACAUUGCUUGGGAUGACAAUGAAAUAAGUUCUUCAUCGGAUUUCGAUAGUGAUCAAAGCGUAAAUCUAGCAUUGAUAGUAUCACAUCAUUCCGACGAUGAAGGCGAUGAGGUUAGUAGUAACUUUUCAAUUUUUGAUAAUGAUGCUCAAGGAGCAAUUGAUGAACUUUUAAGUGAAUGCAAAAUUCUAUACAAAACCAUUUCAUCUCAAAAGAAUCAAAUAUCAACUUUGGAAGAAAAUAUUGAGAAAAUGAAAAAUAAUUUCAAAGAUGAAAAGGAAGAAUUAAUCAAGAAUUUUGCAUGCAUUAAAUGUGAGUCACUUGCUUUUCAAAUAGUUCAAUUGAAGAGAGUUAUUGAAAGAUAUGAAAAAGGUCAAAUCGGAUUGGAACAUGUUCUUAGUAGUCAAAGAUACUCAAAUGAUAAAAGUUGUUUAGGUUAUUCAAAUUUUGCUAAACAAACUUCUAACAAGACCAUUUUUGUUAAAGCAAUUGUUGUUGUUGGUAAAUUAUGGCGUUUUGAACCGCCGUAA